AUGGCAAAUAACGAAGUUAUUCUACAAGAACUGAGAGCCUUUCGACUAGAAAUCAAAGAACAACUUGAGGGCAUCAAGGAAGAGCUGACUAGAGCGAAUAACAGGCUGGAAGAAGCUGAGGAGCGGAUUGAGAAAGCAGAGGAGAGAAUUCUCAACGUGGAGGAAGCUAUGACCGAGCUAGUGCAGCUAAACAUAAAGCUGGAGGAGAAGAUGGUGGAUAUGGAGAGCCGGUCAAGGAGAGAAAACGUCAGGAUUUAUGGUGUUCCAGAAUCGUCAGAGAAAGACUCUCCAUCAAUGAUUGCUUUUGUUGAGACACUACUGCGUGAAGGCUUGGAAUUGGACGGCGUGGACAUUAGCAUUGAACGAGCCCACCGCUCGCUAGGCCCCGCUUCUCCAAGACGCUCCGCCACGCUCUAUCGUGGUUAA